UUGCACAUGACUGACUUUGAACCUAAAAGACGAUUAUCAUAAAGCUGAUUUACUUUCUAGCAGCAGAAGCAAUGAAUUUCUGGUUCGUUUUGUGUUUCGUGAGCAUAGCGGUAAUUUUGGAAGUCGUUGAAUCGAUACCAAAGUACAAAGUUGGACAUUUUGAACAACUUGUUGAUCACUUUAACUUCGAAGAAAGCGCUUCAUUUCAGCAACGGUAUCUGUUUUCUGAAAUCUACUGGGAUGGCAAAGGGCCAAUCUUUUUCUACAGUGGAAACGAAGGAAGUAUUUUAGGAUUUUGGGAAAAUUCAGGAUUUGUCUUUGAAGCUGCUCAGAAAUUUAAUGCUUUGGUUAUUUUUGGAGAACAUAGAUACUAUGGGACAUCAUUGCCAUUUGGUCAAGAUUCAUUCAAGCACGGAAAUAUUGGAUAUUUGUCCAUAGAACAAGCGCUUGCUGAUUUUGCAGUUCUUCUAACUCAACUUAAGAAAGACUUCAAUGCCACAGAUAAAGCUGUUGUUUCCUUUGGAGGAAGCUAUGGUGGAAUGCUGAGUGCGUAUCUAAGAUUCAAGUAUCCUAAUAUCGUACGUGCMGCUUUGGCAGCCAGUGCACCUAUAUACAUGUUAGCAGAUACCACCACCAGAGACUUCUUUUUCCCUGCUGUAACAAAGGAUUUUCAAGACGCAGAUAAAACUUGUCCAGGAAAUGUUGUGCAAGGUUUCAUAGAGAUCGAAAAUCUUAAAAAGCAAGGUGAAAAAGGCCUGCCUGUGAUCUCUGAAGCUUUUAAGCUCUGCAAACCCUUAACUUCUGUUGAUCAGAUUAAUCAUUUGAUUGGUUGGAUCCGCAAUGCAUUCACGAUCAUGGCAAUGUGUGACUAUCCUUACCCCACAAGCUUUCUAGCUCCUCUCCCUGCCAAUCCUGUUAACUAUGCAUGUAAGGUUAUCUCUGGCUCCUCAAAUAAGAUGGAAGGACUUGCAGAGGCUGCAGGUUUAGCAUACAAUGGCACUGGUGGUAAACUGAAAUGCUUUGAUCCAUGGAUUGAGUUUGUGGAAUGUGCAGACCCUACAGGAUGUGGUACCGGGAAUGACAAUCUUGCUUGGGAUUAUCAGGCGUGUACAGAGUUUCUGUUGCCGUCUGGUACUAAUAAUGUCACUGAUAUGUUUCCUGAACUACCAUGGACACUGGAUAUGAGAAACGAGUACUGCAACAAGACAUGGAAUGUUAAGCCUCGUUUGCAAUGGACUGGAACUUCGCUCUGGGGAAAAAAUAUCAGCUCUGCAUCCAACAUCAUCUUUUCAAAUGGUGAUCUAGAUCCUUGGAGGCCUGGAGGGGUACUCGAAUCUGUCUCAUCAUCAUUAGUGGCCAUAUUAAUAAAAGGAGGAGCCCACCAUCUUGAUCUCAGGCCUUCUAACCCCAAUGAUCCACCUGAUGUUACCGCCGCCCGUGAACAAGAACUUGCUUUAAUUCGCAAGUGGAUUUCUUAAGCUUUAAGAGUAGUGAACAGUAAAAGAGAGAAGAAAAAACAGUCACAAAUUAUAACUCUCUAUUGCAUUUGUUUCUAAAUUUUUUCUCCAGCUUUAGGUUUUUAAUUGAAAACAUUGAUGCCUUACAGCACCACAGUUGUCCAAGGACACUGAAAAUGCUGCAAAUCCAUAGGAGUGCAUGAAAGCAGUUGUAUAGUAGCUUAUAGUAGGCGGUAGUCCACUGUUCCUUCCCUGGCCUAGGUGUAUUUUCCAUAAUGUGGGUUAAAAUAGUUAUCAUAGUGCUUUCAUUUUGUUUUUAUUGGCUCGCCCGACAUAUAUUCAAAAUCCCAUGACGUAUUAUGAAUUCGAUGGGCUGAUGAACUAGAAAUARCUUAUACAAACUGAAGGUAUUUUCUUCGGAAUUACCUGUUUUGAAAGCUAUGAAAACCAGGUAACCUGUUUAAAAUUUUGCACUUGUUUUUUCGUUUUUUUUUCCUUUUCCAACUAAACACUCAACAAGUUGUUGCAUAGUGCAAGUAAACCGUUGCAGGCAUGCAUGGGUAGAAUGAAAAAAAAGUGAUUUUCGGUAGUUAUAAUCAAUGGGACAAUCUAGGGAAAUCCAUGGCUAAUGCAGGCUCACACAUAGAUAUCUAACAGGCAACCCAUAUAAACAUUUGACAUUUAUUGUUUUAAAUUAAUACACUAAUAUUUACACUGAGCGGGGGUCUGUAAAAAUCGACCAAAGGUGUGCAAUAUCAAAAAAAAUCGAAUUUUUUCUUACUUAGCCCAAAUGUAGGCCCCAGAUGAACUAUUAAGAGUAGGUCUCUGUAAGACUCAAGCAAAGUGUGAAAUGAAACUUUUUGACCACCCUUCAAAUUUGGUGUGCGAGUAGGCCAUUAUAUGGGAUUCACAAAAACAACAACAAUUUGGUCACCAAAAGUACUGUUGCCAUGGAAACGGCAAGUGUUUUAUGAGACCUUGAUUUCCAAUUUUUGGUAUCAAUGAAACCCAUUCGAAGGUAAAA